CGGAACUUCCUCCACGCCUCGACUCUCUCUUGCGCUUCGCUUGUCUGCGUUCUUGUUACUUGACUCCUUCCUCUAUAUCGGAAGCCGACAUCUUAUUCUUCUCUUCCGCAUACCUUUUUUUCCUUUUACUCAGCACCAUGUUCCGUUCCGCCGUCGUCCGCUCGCUGAGAGCUUCCGUGCCUCGUGCCGUCAGAACCCCGGCAUCUUUCCAGAUCCGUAGCUCUCCCAUUGCUCGCCCGGGUCAAUUCAUCCCUCGCUUCGCCUACCAGGGUGUCCGUCUCUACUCUGCCCCCGCUGGCCUGAACAAGGAGGAGGCUGAGGGCCGGAUAGUCAACCUCUUGAAGAACUUUGACAAGGUCAACGACGCUAGCAAGAUCAACGGCACUUCCCACUUCUCGAAUGACCUCGGAUUGGACAGCUUGGACACUGUUGAGGUUGUGAUGGCUAUUGAGGAGGAAUUCAGCAUUGAGAUCCCCGACAAGGAGGCUGAUGGUAUCCACAGCAUCGACAAGGCGGUCGAGUACAUCCUUGCUCAGCCUGACGCCCACUAAAUGCUAUAUUAAUGAAGGAUCCGGUGUAGGUGGGGUAAAGGUUGGAUAGAGAGAAGCAAAAAAAAAAAAAA